GCACUUCAGGCAACCCCUAAUUGGACAGGAGCGUAUCGGAUACCGGGAUGGACAUGAGAAGAUUCAUAUUGCAUUGAAGAGGCAUGACUGUCUGGCAGAUGUGCAGAUUUCUUAGGUCAAAGCAUGGAUCUAUUACUUCGAAUGAGAUCAGAGGGAAUGGGCGACACUCAGAGAUGGAAAGGAUGCUGGGUGAGGGGCUCUGGAGUAUUAGACUGAUCCCACAGUGGAGCCUGUGUGACUGGGGAGCGUUUCUCUAUUUCUCCCCGCAUCAAACCCUGGAGCUCAGGCCCUGGCCAUGAACUUGGUUCAUUCGGGAUUUAGGCUGUUGUGCCUGGCCUGGCUGUGGCCCUUCGCCCUGCUCAAAGGAAACAACAAUCCAAACCACCGCAGGCACAAGGACGUCUAUCUGGGGGAAAACACACAGCAGAAGCAUGGAGGCCGAAUAGACUUUAAAAUGAAGAAGUCUGACAGUACCAAAUCUCUGCUGAUCAAAUCAGAGCAGCUCCUGCGAAUUGAGGAUCACGACUUCGCCAUGAGGCCUGGUUUUGGAGGCUCAGCUAUUCCAGUUGGUAUUGACGUGCAGGUGGAAAGCAUCGACAGCAUCUCUGAGGUCAAUAUGGACUUUACCAUGACAUUGUACCUUAGACAUUACUGGCAGGAUGACAGACUAGCUUUCCCUUCCAGCAACAACAAAAGCAGAACGUUUGACGCUCGGCUGGUGAAAAAGAUCUGGGUGCCCGACGUCUUCUUUGUUCACUCCAAGCGUUCUUUCAUUCAUGACACCACCAUGGAAAAUAUCAUGCUCAGAGUCUACCCAGAUGGAAACAUUCUUUACAGUGUCAGAAUCACAGUGACGGCUCUCUGCUCUAUGGACUUCAGCAGGUUUCCACUUGACACACAGAACUGCUCUCUAGAGCUGGAGAGUUACGCGUACAAUGAGAACGACCUCAUGCUCUAUUGGAAGAAUGGGAACAAUUCAUUAAGGACUGAAGAGAUUGCACUCUCGCAGUUUUUUAUUGAAGAAUUCCACCCUUCCUACGGGCUAGCCUUCUACAGCAGUACCGGCUGGUAUAACAGGCUGUACAUAAACUUCAUCCUCAGGAGGCACAUUUUUUUCUUCAUGCUGCAAACAUACUUUCCGACAAUGCUAAUGGUCAUGCUUUCCUGGGUGUCAUUCUGGAUAGACAGGAGAGCUGUCCCAGCUAGAGUCUCUCUAGGAAUCACAACUGUGUUGACCAUGUCUACUAUAAUUACGGGUGUCUCGGCAUCCAUGCCUCAGGUGUCUUACGUGAAGGCGGUGGACAUCUACCUUUGGGCCAGUUUCCUAUUCGUUUUCCUGUCGGUCAUCGAAUACGCUGCUGUGAACUACUUCACCACCGUGGAAGAGAUGAAGAAACUUGAGAAAGGAAAGCUCCCAGUUUCCUACGACGCAACCCAGGCUAUGGCAUAUGAUGGCUGUUUUCAUGAUGAUAUUGACGUUUCACCUUUCCCUGUACUCCCAACAACACCCAGCACGAUGCGAACAAUCCCACCCAGGGCCUCAUCCAUCGAACCGCCCCCCACUGAAGGCACCAGACUCCGGAGGAAGCGUUCAGUCCGCCACAACAUCAGAUUCAUAAUGAGCAAUAGCUACAUGAUUGACUCAUAUUCUAGAAUCCUCUUUCCAGUUGCAUACCUUCUCUUCAACAUCAUCUACUGGUGUAUCUACUCCUGAUUGUCGUAUAGUUUGUCUUUUUCCUGACAAGUCAAUGUAAAAAGUCCAGGAUGAGCCUACUGUUAGCGCACAAGAUAAUUUGAAGUUUAAUACUGAACUUUGGGCCCGUGAUGGCUAUCAAACACUUAAGCUCGGGCAAGAAGCACAAGUGGCCUGAGAAAGUGGACCAUGUUGAUCUUCUCAGAGACAUCAUGUUUGUACAGUUGCUCUGAAGAGGCCUAAAAUGUUCAAUUCCUCUUUGGAUCUGGAGGUCUUUUGUCUUAAAUGUUCCAAACGAAUGUUUGGGAGGAGACUAUUCAUCUUGUCCUGACAACCACAGUGCUAUGGAUGUAUAAAUAGCUGCUUACCUCACUUCUGUGACAUUUCUCAUGGAAUACAUCCACCACCCCAAGUCCAGCUUUAUCUUCUGUAAUUAAUUAGGUCCGAAAGGAGGAACUCAACUUGGGUGUCUUUCUCAUACCAUCCCUUAUGUGAGACCAAGGCUACCUGCUUUAUCAUGUUCUAGAUAUACAUGUGAACCCUGAUGUGAACAUACAGAUGAGUUAAAGUGUAAGAUAAACCAAUGAAUUGUAAUGAUGGAACAACCCAACUGCUAGUCUCGCAUAGUUAAGUAAUAAUAAUAAUAAUUCCUUAUAUUUAUAUAGCGCUUUUCUAGGCACUCAAAGCACUUUACAUAGUAUAGGGCGAAUCUCCUCCACCACCACCAGUGUGCAGCAUCCGCCUGGAUGAUGCGACGGCAGCCAUAGUGCGCCAGUACGCUCACCACACACCAGCUAUUGGUGGAGAGGAGAGAGUAGAGUUAUACAUUACCAAUUAAUGGAUGGGGAUUAUUAGGAGGCCAUGAUUGAUAAGAGCCAGUGGGGGGAAAUUUGGCCAGGACACCAGGGUUACACCCCUACUCUUUACGAGAAGUGUCCUGGGUUUUAUAAUGACCACAGGGAGUCAGGACCACGGUUUAAUGUCUCAUGCGAACGACGGUAGCAUCCCUUCCAGCAGCAACCUUAGUUUUCCCAGGAGGUCUCUCAUCCAGGUACUGGCCAGGCUCAACUCUGCUUAGCUAUAGUGGGCAACCACUAUAAGUCACUGUUGGCAAAAGUCCAGUUCACAUUACAAUUCUAUGGUCAAUGAAAAACAGAUGUGUGUAAGUUUUGUGUAUGAAACCCCUUGCAUGUGUGUUUGUGUGCUGGUAUAAAAAUAAAAAAAAUCAAUCAGGCACUCCACAGCUUUUUUUGUUUGUUUUGUUUUGUUAUAUAUAAUUGCAAAUUAUAUAAUUGUAAAUUAUCAUUCUGAAAAUACAAAAAUAAAAUAUACAUAACUUGAGUAUUCCAGACUCGGAUAUAUUUAUAAAAUAAUCAUCAAAGUUCACUGAAAAACAGCAUAUAAGCAAAAUAAUUACAUACACAAUUUGACAGUGCUAAUUGUUCACAGAAAGCUAUUGGAUCAGCCCUAAACCAUCCCAUAUGUUCUGUCUUGUUUUUUUUGUUUUUUUUUGCCUUGCUAUCAUUAUUGGUUUAAAAGGUUUUUAGUUGCUGUGGUAGCUUUGUUAUUUAACUGCUUUGAUUAAAGUGCUUCAAUAAUUAAAAUCUUUUCUGUUGUAUAUACAAAUAUCAAUACUUUAUGUAAAUACCAGUCAAACACAGAGUCUUGUUAGAAAAAAAAACAUACACACUUUACAA